AGCUAGAGGUUAGAGGUUGAAGCAGCAAACGUUAAAAAACAUGUCGAACCACAUCUACUACGGUAAUGGCUCGAGUGACAACUGCACCAACGUAGAUAGUCUCAUGAAGCGCUACUACCUGCCUGUCACAUAUAGCACCAUCUUUAUCAUUGGCGUAGUCGGUAAUGUGACUGCUCUGUUGGUCUAUGUGCUCAAAGUGCGUCCCUGGAAAAGCAGUACUAUCAUCAUGGUGAACCUGGUCAUCACUGACCUACUCUUCAUGAUCAGCAUGCCCUUCCUGGCUUACUACUACUCCCUUGACGACUCGUGGAUGCUUGGCAUCCUCAUGUGUCGCUUUACUCGAUUUAUAUUCCAUUUCAACCUCUACGGCAGCAUCCUGUUCCUCACUUGCCUGGCCAUCUUCCGGUACGUGGCCAUCGUGCAUCCAGUGCAUCGGCACAACAUGAAGAAAAAGUGUUGGGGCGUGCUGGCCUGUGUGUUGGUGUGGGCCAUGGCGUUGGCCGAGAUAAGUCCGAUUUUUAACUUAUUUGACAUGGUGACACAAAACAAUAAGACCUACUGCCUGGAUCUCGCAAGCAACAGGAUAGAAGUGGUCUGGUGGUAUAGUUGGAUGUUGACUGUCCUAGGGUAUCUGCUUCCCCUAGUCGUGGUCUGCUUGUGUUACUGGCGCAUCAUGAAAGAGUUAACCAAGGGUCCUCACACAGGAAGUAGGACACGGGUACGAGCGAGAAGACUCAUUGUGUUGAUACUGACGUGCUUCACAGUGUGCUUCUUACCCUUUCAUGUGCUACGAGCAUGGAGAAUUUACACAAGAACCACUCCGGAAGUCGACUGUAUGUUAGACCACUGGGUGCAUGCUGCAUACGUGAUAUCAAGACCCAUCGCCGUUCUUAACAUCAUUUUAAAUCUGCCGCUUUACACUUUGUCAGGGGAUGGCUUUAAGCAGGCCUUCGUGGAUCUCUUCAGAAUUAAACAACUCAUGGCAAGGACUAAAGAGGUCAUGAAUGUGGCUGUAAUCAGCAAGCCAACAUCCAAAACAUAAAUUACAAUGGGAGCAACUGAGACUUAAAUCAGAGUUUAGAUCAGAAUUUAUCAAACCAAUUGUUCUGACUCUAUAUUCUGAUUGGAUGAACCACGUUUGUGUGAGAUAGCUGAUAAACGCACAACUGCGACCACACAUUCUAUAUUAAUGUGCCAAGGUGUUGCGCUGCUUGGCAACAUAUGAACUACUGUAUAUUACAUGGCAGAGGAAGUAUUUAUUUAGAUUGUUAUCAUUAAUUAAAGUAAACUUCUUACAGGAAUAGUUCACCUAAAAAUGAAAAUUCUCUCAUCAUUUACUCACCAUCAUGCCAUGUGUGACAUUCUUUCUUCUGCAGAACACAAUCGAAGAUUUUUAGAAAAUAUCUCAUCUCUGUAGGUCCAUACAAUACAAAGGAAUGGUGGCUAGAACUUUGAAGUUCAAAAAGCACAUAAAGGCAGCAUAAAAGUAAUCCUUAAGAUUCCAGUGGUUAAAUGCAUGUGUUCAGAAGUGAUAUGAUGAUAUGAGGUGUGGGUGAGAAACAGAUAAAUAUUUAAGUCUUUAUUGCUAUAAAUCUCCACUUUUACUUUCACAUUCUUUUGCUUUUGUUUUUUUGGUAGUUCUCAUUCUUUUUUUUUUCUUUUUUUUUUUUUUUUUGCAACGGUUCAGCAACUUUAUUUUGGUCUAUCUGAACAUCGUCAACAUUG